AUGAGGUUUAAUAAACCAGCUGUUGAUUCUUUUUAUAAUUUGUUGGCGUCUUGCAUGAAAAAACAUUCAUUUCCUCCUGAUAGGAUUUAUAAUGUUGAUGAGACGGGGUUGACGUGCGUUGCUAAGAGUCAAGGAAAAAUAACAGCAGUUAAAGGUAGAAAACAAGUCGGUAAACUAUCGUCAGCGGAGAGGGGACAAAAUGUUACUGCUACUAUUUGUUUCUCUGCCGCAAAGCAUUAUGUACCUCUACUAUUAAUUUAUCCAAGAAAACGCUUAGCACCUACAUUCCUUACUGGAACACCUCCAUCAACUUAUGGUGUAACACAUCCCUCUGAGUGGAUACAAUCGGAAAUAUUCGUAAAGUGGAUACAACAUUUAAUAAAACACACAAAACCUACUGAAGAACACCCAGUUCUAUUACUUUUAGAUGGACAUGCUACUCACGUGAAAAACUUAGCAGUUUUAGAAUUAGCAAGAAAAAACUUCAUUACAGUGCUCUGCUUCCCUCCACAUACAACACAUAAACUUCAACCUUUAGACGUUAGUUUCAUGCGCCCAUUAAGUAUGUAUUAUAGUCAAGAAAUAAAUAUUUAUCUACUUAACCAUCCAGGACGGGUUGUGACAUUACAUGAAAUUGGAAAAAUAUUUGUUACUGCUUACAACAAAGCUGCUACAGUUAAAAAUGCUGUUUCGGGAUUCAAUAAAACUGGUAUUUACCCUUAUAAUCCGGAAGCUUUUAGUGAGGAAGAUUUCAUAGCAGCUGAUACUACUGAUAUUCCAAUGUCAACUUCAACAGACAUUGAAUCAUCAUCUAAUUUGACAUCAUCUGAUACUACUGAUAUUCCAGUAUCGACUUUAACAAACAUUGAGUCUUUAUCUAACUUGAAAUCCAAGACACCAUCUACAUCAACUCAUUUGCCAAACAUUGUACUUGCUUCUACUGCAAUGACGGAGAUUGCUUCAACAUUAUCUACUGAGUAUUCAAGUAUUGAAACUACAUCUAUAAAUCCUACAAAUAACAUUAUGACCAAUAUGUCAACGCCUCAAUCAUGUAUAUUGAAACGAAAAAGCUUUGAAGUUUCACUCAAAGAUAUAAUUCAAAUUCCUAAAGCCACUAAAAUAAGAUAA